CGCGCCGGACAGGCGGGGAUGUCCCCCAGGAAGUAGCGCGAUAAGCUGCGUCGUCGAACCGAGGGCCCGCAGACGCCGGUCGGGAGUCGCUGAAGGCAGCGGUGGCGGAAGCAUCGCAAAGGGAUACGCCAUGGAGCAGGAGUUGGAGAUCAAGCAGCCGGCCAAUCCUGUCGAGACGGCCAGCUGCGUCUCGCGGCUCUUUUUCAGUUGGGUGACUCCGCUGUUCAAGAAGGGCUACCGGAGGACGCUCCAGGUGGAAGACCUCUACGCCUGUCCCAAGUGGGAGCGAUCCGAACGCAAGACCGACCGGCUACAGGCGGAAUGGGAGCGCGAGGUGCGCAAGCUCAAGCGGGGCCAGCAGCCCAGCCUGUUCCUGGCCAUCGUCCGGGCUUUCGGCUUCACCUACUGCAUGGUGGCCAUGCUCAUCCUGGUCGAGGAGUGCUUCAAGAACGUGAUGCAGCCCGUGAUGCUGGGCUGGGUGGUGCGCUACUUCUCGGCCCCCGACAGCAUCAGCCGGACCGAGUUCCUCCUGGCCGCCUCGGGAGUGUCCAUCCUGGGCGGCGUGCACAUCUUCACCCACCACCCGUACUUCUUCAACAUGCAGCGCAUGGGCAUGCGGAUGCGUGUCGCCUGUUGCAGCCUCGUCUACCGAAAGGCCCUUCGGCUGAGUCAGGCGGCGCUCUCCAAGACCGCGGUGGGCCAGAUGGUGAACCUGCUGUCCAACGACGUGAACAGGUUCGACCAGUCUGUCCUGUUCGUGCCGUACCUGGUGGCGGGGCCCCUGCAGACGGCCGUCAUCACCUGGGUGCUGUGGCAGCACCUGGGCGUCAGCUGCCUGGCGGGUAUCUCCUUCGUCCUGCUCUACAUCCCGUUCCAGGGCUGCCUCGGCAGGGCCUUCUCCAAACUCAGGGCCAAGACGGCGGCCCUGACCGACGAGCGCAUCCGGCAGGUGAACGAGUUCGUGGCCGGCAUGCGCGUCAUCAAGAUGUACUCGUGGGAGACGCCCUUCGCUAACUUGGUCGACGCCAUGCGCAGACGCGAGGUGCGCAGGAUCCGGCAGACGUCGGUGCUGCGUGCGGUCAACAUGGGCCUGUUCUUCAUGUCGUCCAAGCUGGUGCUGUUCCUGUGCUUCGUCACGUUCGCCCUGCUGGGAAACACGCUCACCUCGGAGUGCGUGUUCGUCAGCAUGGCGCUCUUCAACAGCCUCCGGCUCGCCAUGACGCUCUACUUCCCCUUCGGCGUGGGCCAAGGCGCCGAGACUCUCGUCUCCAUCCGAAGGCUACAGAAGUUCCUGCUGCUCGAAGAGCAGGAGCAGUCGUCGCUGCUCAACGGGCCCAAGCUUCGACCGAAACUCCAGAACUGCGCCGUCCUGCUCAAGAACGUCACAGCUUCGUGGAACAAGGAUCUCCCGGAGCCAACUUUGCAGAACAUCUGUGCCACCGUGAAACCGGGAGAACUUUUGGUGGUUGUCGGACCUGUUGGCUGUGGGAAGACGUCGCUGCUCAUGACUAUCCUGGGCGAGCUGAACGUGGCGGCCGGGGACGCGAGAACCCUGGGCCGCGUAGCGUACGCCUCCCAGGAGCCCUGGAUGUUCACCGGCAGCGUGCGCAGCAACGUGGUCUUCGACAGCCCCUACGACGCCGACCGCUACCGCCGGGUCAUCUACGCCGCCGCCAUGGAGAGGGACCUGAGCCUGCUUCCUUACGGAGACAGGACCCUGGUCGGAGACAAAGGGGUGUCGCUCAGCGGUGGCCAAAAGGCCAGAGUGAACCUGGCACGGGCGCUGUACUACGACGCCGACAUCUACCUGCUGGACGACCCGCUGAGCGCCGUGGACACGGCCGUCGCAAAACACCUGUUCGAGGCGUGCAUCCGCGGCUACCUGAGGAACAAGAUCGUGAUCCUGUGCACGCACCAGCUCCAGUUCCUCCGGUCGGCCACCCAGGUGCUCGUCCUGCGAGAGGGCAAGAUGCUCGGGCUGGGCACGUUCGAGCAACUGCAGCGUGCCGGCCUGGACCUGGAGUCCCUGCUGGAGGAGAAAAGCGAGGCCAGGCCCGAUGCCCGGCGGGAAUCCGACCCGUUCCAGGCGCCGCCGCCCGGCUCCGAGACGCUGGACGCGGCCUCCCCGGGGGCCCUGUUCGAGUCAAACAUGUCCCUGGCAGGCUCCUACGAGCAGCUGGACGCCGAGCCGCAGGCCGAGCCGAAGGCCGACGGCGGGGCGCAGCCGAGCGAGGUGGAAGAGUCCCGCAGCACGGGCUCCGUCCAGGGCCGCGUGUACUGGAGCUACAUGCGGGCCGGCGCGGGGCCCAUCCUCAUGCCGCUGCUCUUCGUCAGCAGCAUCCUGGCCCAGGCCAUCUUCAACGGGAGUGACUUCUGGCUCACCUACUGGACCAGCAUGUCGGAGAGCAGAGGGAACGAGAGCUUAUGGGAGCCGAUGGAGAGCAACACGUCGGCCGCGGCGGACGACCCGUGGUCCUGGUGGAGCUCGUGGUGGGCGGCUCUGGACCCGGUCACGUACAACGUGGUUGUGUACGCCAUAAUCAUCGGCGGCCUCGUGCUGUCGUCGAUGGCUCGCACGGUGGCCUUCUUCGUCAUGUGCAUGCGAGCGUCGGUGAACCUCCACAACCGCAUGUUCCGCUCCGUCAUCCGAGCACCCAUCUACUUCUUCGACACAAACCCCAUCGGGAGAAUUCAAAACCGCUUCGCCAAGGACCUGGGUACCAUCGACGACCUCCUGCCACCCACCGGGCUCGACAUCACGUUCAUCUUUUUGAACCUGCUGGGCGUGCUGGUGGUGGUGGCGGUCAUCAGCCCCUGGAUCAUCGUGCCGACGCUGGUGCUGUUCGUGGUGUUCUUCUUCCUGCGGCGCUUCUACAUGCGCACGGCCCGGGACGUCAAGCGGCUCGAGGGAGUCACCCGCAGCCCGGUCUUCUCGCACCUGAGCACGUCGCUGUACGGCUUGACGACGAUUAGGGCCUUCGGGGCGCAGAGCACCUUCGAGCGCAUGUUCGACACCAAGCAGGACCACCACACGUCCGCCUGGUACAUGUUCCUGUGCACGGCCCGCUGGUUCGGCAUCACGCUGGACUCCAUCUGCUUCGCCUACAUCACCGUGGUCACCAUGUCGCUCGCGCUGUCCGGGGACGGAUCCGUCUCCGGGGGUGGAAUCGGCCUGGCCAUCGCGAACGCCCUCAUGUUGACCGGCAUGUUCCAGUGGGGCGUCCGGCAGUCGGCGGAAAUUGAGAGUCAGAUGACUUCGGUAGAGCGCGUCCUGGAAUACAGCAACCUGCCUGCCGAGGCCGAUGUGGACUCGGCGCCCGGCAAGAAGCCGCCCGAGUCGUGGCCGGAGUUGGGUUCCAUCAGCCUGGAGGGAGUGUCGCUCUCGUACGCGCCGGGGGAACCGCCGGUGCUCAAGGACCUCCGCUGCCACAUCAAGCCCAAGGAGAAGGUGGGCGUGGUGGGCAGGACGGGCGCGGGCAAGAGCUCCAUCAUCGCGGCGCUGUUCCGGAUGACGGAGCCCGACGGACCGAUCCUGGUGGACGGCAUCGACGUGCGCCACAUCGGGCUGCACGACCUGCGCACCAAGAUUUCCAUCAUACCUCAGGAUCCUGUGCUGUUCACGGGUCCCAUUCGGCGCAACCUGGAUCCCUUCGGCGAGCACGCCGACGAGCAACUCUGGACAGCUCUGAACGAGGUGCGCCUGAAGGACGCGGUGCUCGAGCUCCCGGGGGGCCUGUCGGCCCAGGUGUCCGAGGGCGGCGCCAAUUUCAGCGUCGGCCAGCGCCAGCUCAUGUGCCUCGCCAGGGCCGUCCUACGCCAGAACAGGAUCCUGGUCAUGGACGAGGCCACCGCCAACGUUGACCCAACGACGGAUGCCAUGAUCCAGACCACGAUACGAGAGAACUUCAAGGACUGCACUGUGCUCACCAUAGCGCACCGCCUGCACACAAUCAUGGACUCCGAUCGGGUCAUGGUCUUGGAUGCCGGCCGCAUCCUGGAGUUCGACGAGCCUUACGUGCUGAUGAAGAACGAGAGCAGCCACUUCACGGCCAUGGUGCAGCACACGGGCAGGGCCAUGGGCGCCCAGCUCUGGAAGGUAGCGUGCCAGGCACACGCCGAGCGCUCCGGACAGCCUGCCGACGAAGAGGCCCUUCCACCCUGGUUCGCGCCACCGCGCCCCGACCUCGUCACUUCGGGGCAACACGAGACCGUUAUUGAAGAAGAUUCCGAUGACCAGCGCAGCACCAGCUUGUGAUUCGUGCGUCCUAUAAUUUCGGAGAUGUAAAAUAAAGUGCUCUUCCUCGUUCGUA